AGAUUUCUCUCUCCGUGUGUGUGUAUGUGUGUGUGAGUGUGCGCUUGAGAGAGAGAGAGAGAGAGAGCACUCCUUUUGCAGAGAGAGAGAGAGAGAGAAGUCCACAAAGCUUUGGAGCACUGAAAAAGAAGACUCGCUUCUUCCAGAUUUCCACACUCCACAAUCAAAAACAAAGUGAAUACUUUUCCUUCUAAAGUUAGAACAGCGGUCAUGGACGGGAUAGCUCUCGGACGCGCGUCGCUCCUGUGCACCUUGCUGCUCUGGGCAUUUCAAGUAUGCAGUGGUACCGUGACGGUGCAGGUGGCCCCGAAAAUGGAGGUGUUAAAAGGAGACACUGCCAAACUGCCCUGCACAUACAAUGUCUCACCGUCAUCAAGCAACACUGUCGUUGAAUGGUACAUUGAGGAUCAAGGAAUCAGGAAGCGCGUGGCUUUUGGCUCUGAGGGUGGUGCAUUGAAAAGCGAUGAUUCCACCCCUCUGACUGGGCGGGUCACUAUCGGACAGGACUUCACCUUGACCAUCUCCUCUGUUCAACCCACCGACGAGCUUGUCUUUUACUGCCAGGUCACGGCCGGCCCUGCUGGGGUUGGAGCUGAGUCCACCAUGCUCAAAGUCUUCUUUGCGCCCGAGAAGCCAGAACUUACAAGGCCGUCAAGUCAGGCCAUUUCUGUGGGAGAAACUACCAGCUCCGAGAUUGGUACCUGUGUGACAAAGAAUGGACAUCCCCAGCCAAGGAUUAUCUGGUUCAAAGAUGGCCAGCCCCUGCCUGAAGUCAAGGACAAGCGAGAGAAGACCUACAUGAUCCCCUCGCUGGUGAAGGAGGCCUCGGGUCUCUACACUGUUAAGAGCACCCUGUACAUGCAGCCCACCAAGGCAGACAAGGACUCUGUGUUCCAGUGCACCGUAGAGUACAGCAUGCCGGGAGAUCAGAUCAAACAGAAGAAGUCCGACACCAUCACCAUCAACCUCAACUAUCCCUCUGAGAAAGCGACGUUUUCCCUCCUCAACACCGAUCCAGUCAAAGAGGGCGACACUGUUACCAUGAAGUGUGAGACUGAUGGAAACCCUCAGCCUGAGUUUGACUUCACUAAAGACGACGAAGCAGUCAGAGGUCAGGGUGGUCUCCUGACGCUGAAAUCUGUCAAGCGCACAGACAGUGGUGUUUACAAGUGCACGGCCAUAGAUUUCGAUAACCUGGAAGCCGACUUGAGUGGAACAAUCCCUCUGACUGUCCAAUACAUUGACCCAGUGACCGUGACUCCUGUCCAACCUCAAGUUGUCAUGCUUGGAGACAAGGUGGAGUGGCAGUGUAAGACCAAGGCCUCCGCCCCACAUACCGUUCAAUGGAAAAAGGGCUCUGAGGUGCUCUCUCAGGACGGCACAUUGUCAAUACAAGAUGUUUCCUAUGAUAAAGCUGGAGAGUACAUGUGUGUUGGAGCGGUGCCAUCUGUGCCAGGACUGACAGCCCAGGCUAGUGUCAACCUCACCGUCAAAGGAAAGCCGAUGAUCGAGACUCCCACAGUUGGAGAGGUGGGGAAGGAAGGAGACAUGGUGACCCUGAAGUGCUCAGCCUACGGCUCUCCAGCCCCUCAGUUCACCUGGAAGCCCUCUGGAAAGGAGUCAGUAUCAGUGGAAGGUAACAAGGUGGUGAGCACCGUGACCCUUCAAGCCACAGCCGAGGUCAUGAAGGCCGGGGUGACCUGCGAGGUCUCCAACGAGUACGGAACAGAUAGCAAGACCUUCCUGGUAUCUCUCAAAAGAGCUGACAACUCGGCCGACAGAGCCGACAAGCAGCAGGGAGGCUCCAGCGGGGUGGUGAUAGCCGUGGUGGUCUGUGUUUUGCUGCUCCUGCUGCUGGUGACCCUCAUCUACUUCCUGAACAAGAAGAGCAAACUGCCCUGCGGCAAGAAGGACAAGAAGGAAGUGGCCAGCGGAGAUGUGAAGAACGACAUUGUGGUGGAGAUGAAGACCGACAAGGCCAACGAAGAGGCCGGUCUCCUCAACAAGAGACCGUCCGCCGAACAGUGAUGAAACGAGACAAUGAAAGUAACCGACAGAGGGAUGAAGGGAAGGAGGAGAACAGUUAUGAACACAACAGGGCUAAUUUUUAGUUACAACACUAGACUGAAGGUGGGGGGACAACAAGAAGUGAAACAUGGACAUUGGUUUGUUUUGGGGACCUCGGGAAGCUCGCCAUAUUUGGCAUUGGGGUGUUGUUGUUUUAUAAUCUGGAGUAGACCUUUCACAAGGAGUUUCUACUGCUACGUUUGUUUGUUUGUUUGUUUUUUUAAGAUUUUUUUCUUUCUGCCAUUUAUUUAGACAGCUAGACAGAGACAGGAAAGACUGACACACUCCAAGCACAGUGGCACAAUCUCUCUUAUGUACCCCAAAUGAAACACAAAAUGCCAUUAAAACACUGUGUUUUUCUGUGAGUGUGUAUGUCUGCACGCAAGUGUAGCACUGAGCGUCUAUUCUGUCUCGGAGUCUUGCACUUAAAUCUUGCUCUCUCCACUGGGUAUAUUGGGAAAAAAUAAUCGCAGGCUGCCAUUCUUGUUUUAAUCACCUCGAUAACAAGUGAUGAUUUACGCUCACAACAUUUAAUCCCGAAGCACACUAUUCGGCACACAUUGCUGUCACAUUUCCGCUCACAUAAGCUCUCAGUUUGUUUUACUGCUGUUUGCGUAAUUGAAUUUUUGCCACCUGUGAAUGUUUAUGUUUUUUUGUUUUAUUUCCCCCAAUAUCCCUAAUUAGCCUUCCACAGAAGCAGCCCAGGCAUUUAAUAACACCAAUCCUUUCUCUAAAAUUGCUCGCCUUUUUAAAUCCAGCUUAAAAACCACCAAGCAAGCAGGCUAUUAGGUUGUACAAAUUUGUUCUUGCCAUUUCCAGCAUGCUUGUAUAUUAUGUUAGUACAUCAGUUGUUCACUUGUUUUCCUUUGUUUUCCUUUUUUCUCUGUAAAUCCAAAUACUGAUUACCCUGUCUAUCAAGCAGGAGGUGCACUGUGCAGGACGUGGCGUUCAAAGAGUCUGUGGUUACUAAGCUGCUGGUCUGGGACCAUAAUUACCACCAUUUCUUAUCAAUUCAUUCGCAGCCUUUCAGUCAUCUACUCCUGGAUGAAGCCAAAGAACAGCACACAGCAGUUAGAAAGCCCAGCCGUCAUCAGCUUUCAGUGUAGUAUUGGUCGAAUUUGGUGAAAUGGUCGACAGCCUCAUGCUGUGGCCUGCUGUGUUUUCACAUGACAACAAAAUGAAACGUUUCACAGGCUGCAGCGCGGGAGCCACACGUUCACCUGUUAGGAGAAAUGACUGGCACAGGUUCAUUCUCGCUUGAGGGAAGGGAAGGGAAGGGAAGGUGUGGGAGGGAUCGGGGGUUGUUGGUGCGUACGAUUUACUUUUUUGUUUUUAACCAGAUGAAAACAUUUUGAGCGUCACAGCAGGAGUGUUUCUGUGUUUAGGUACACUGGCGUUUCUGUCUCUCCCCUACAGUGUCGGCAGGCCACAGAAGUUUGACAGCAGCUUGAUGCGCCUUUUUACUUUGUUGUACACUGGAACCAAUGGCCUUGAUUAUUAUUUUUAAUGGGUCACCUCAAACCACUAUCUCUGUCCACAAGACUUAUUUUAUUUUUAAAUGUCUGUCUACUGAUCUUGCCAUAUUGACUGUUAGCAAACCUGUGAUGGCAGGGGAAGAUAGAUAAGUGAACGUUGUUCUUUGAUUUUAAUGUUUUAUAUAAAAAUAUUGUGUUAUAAAAGUUGUUUUUUUAGACAGGGGAUUCUUAAUUUUGGAACUACUGAGUUUUGUUUUUCCCAUGCCUUUCCAUUUGCUCUGAGAGAUGAGAGAAAUGUUGUUGUGUUUUUUUAAUUUAGAAUUCUUUUUAUGAGAUAUUCUCAGUGCUUUACUUCUCUCUCUCUGUACUGUAUACUGUAUAUUUUGUGGUACGCUGUUGUGGUGUGUUGAUGUAUCUUUUUAUUUUGUUCCAGCUGUGUAGAAUUUAUAAUGAAAAAGUUCAAGAAAACCCAUCACAACCCCAUA